GCCCGCCCGCGGCCCCGCCAGCGCUGCCCUCGCCGCAGCCCCGAGCUGCAGCCGCCGUGGGGCCCCGAGUGCCGGGCGGGAGGCACCGCCCGCCCCCGCGGUGCGGGGAGGCCGCGGGCCGGCAGGUGUCGGGCCCCGCUCGCCGCCGCCCGCCCCACGCCGCCGCCGCCGCCGCCGCCGCCGGGCGUGAGCGCUCCGGGGGAAGCGCCGUGUCCGCUCCUGCUGGGCGAUGUCCGUGCCGGGUUUUGCACCUUGUCUCCGGGUCUGCCUCACGGCCCAGAGGAGCCGCCGCUGCCGCCGCCGCCGCCGCCGCCGCCGCUGCGGUGUUUACUGAGCGCUCCUGUCCUGAUAUCACUCCGCUGGCAUGGAGGAGGAGGAGGUGGAGGAGGAGAGCAUUUGAUCAUUGUGAUGGUGGCAGGAGGAGCAGCAACCAGCACGACAGAGCAAAGCGCUAGGCUGUAUCAGCUCAGCGUUUGGCAGAGACUUCAGAGCGCUACUUUUUUUUCCUUUUUCUUUUUUUUUUUUUUCCUCUCCAGCUCGGUCCGGAUUGUUCAUGUGUUUACUUCCCCCAGCCCGAGGAUUUGCUAUUUAGGUUCCUGUUGAAAUGCAACUGAGCAGCCAAAGUACUUUGCGAACGCGGUGCGGCAUAAACACCAAAACUUUUUCCUAGAAGGAAAAUACAAUAAGCAAGCGGCUUUGCCUGUCUUUUGAUGCCGUGGAGUGCGAGUGAGUGUGCCGUGUGUGCCCAGCGUAUGCCUGUGCUUGGAUGUGUGUGUGCGAACGUGCGUGUGAACGGGUGUGUAUGUGUGUGCUUGUGGAGGGGCGCGUGUUUCUCGUUAUCCAUGGGGAGAGAAGGCUUUUGGCAAAAUCUCCGGAAAUCUCAUGGAAUCUGCUCUGAAAUAAUGGAUUAUAAAAAAGAAAGAGGAGGAAAGGAACUGGUCUGAUAUCUCUUGGAGUUUGCUAACCCGAACUGCUGCUGCUUAGUUUGUUGUGCACUGUGUGUGUGUGUGUGUGUGUGUGUGUUUUGCUGGCGAUAACCUUUUAGCACCUUCUCUAUUUCCCUCCCCCCUUCCCUCUCUCUUUUUAAUGUUUUGGAGCUUCUCGAGAGGGAUUGGCUGGGGGAAAAGAGAAACAUUUGCUUGGGAUCGCUGUUUCCCUGAUACAUGAUGGUGCCCCUUUCCCCCCCCCUCCCCGGUUCUCUAAAAAGUAUCCCAUCAGGACCCCAGAGGAGACUGUAUGCGUGAAGUGUAGGAUAAAAAGUUCUUCCAAAAUAGUGUGCACGGGGACGAGGAUGGGGGAUUUUGCAGCCCCCGCUGCCGCCGCGAAUGGCAGCAGUAUUUGCAUCAACAAUAACCUGAAGAGCAGCCUCAGCGGGGCCGGUAUCGGGGUUAACAGCACUCCCCACGGCCCUCCUGCCGCCGCUCCCGGUAACAAUAACGCUGGUAGUGGCGGCAUUCCCAAGCACAGCACGGUGGUGGAGCGGCUGAGGCAGCGCAUCGAGGGCUGCCGGCGGCACCAUGUCAACUGCGAGAGCAGGUACCAGCAAGCCCAGGCGGAGCAGCUGGAGCUGGAGCGCAGGGACACGGUGAGCCUCUACCAGCGGACCCUGGAGCAGAGGGCCAAGAAAACGGGCACCGGCGGCAGCAGCAGCAAGCAACAGCACCAGAGCAAACAGCAGCAAGAUGCUGAGCCCGCCGCGGCAGAGCAGAGGAACCACACGCUGAUCAUGCUUCAAGAGACAGUCAAAAGGAAGUUGGAAGGCGCACGUUCACCUCUCAAUGGAGAACAGCAGAAUGGAGUUUGUGAUGGGAACUUUUCUCCAACCAGCAAGCGGACACGCAAGGAUGUGCCAGGCAUUGAGGCAAUCAACAGCUUGCCCAUUAAUUUGCCUUUGCCUGCUGUUUCUCCUCUUCACCAGCUUGACAUGAAAGCUCCUCUGCUCCUGCAGAACAGUGGAACUCACAGGAGUGGUCUAGAAGACUUGGGUGAAAAUGGUGGGCUUUCUGAGAUAAAGCUCCCUGUUAAUGGCUGCAACGAGCUGGAUGAUAGUUUUAACAUCCUGCACAACAAGGAACUAAAGCAAGAGCCUCUGGAUGACUCCAACUGCAUAGACACUUCUGAAACAUCUCUUUCGAAUCAGAACAAGCUCUUCUCAGACAUUAACCUAAAUGAUCAGGAGUGGCAGGAGCUCAUAGAUGAGCUGGCAAACACCGUCCCAGAAGAUGAUAUACAGGAUUUGUUCAAUGAAGACUUUGAAGAGAAGAAGGAGCCCGAAUUUCCCAGGCCUGCCACAGAGACUCAGGAGAGUGCGAGCGUAAAAAGUGAUCCAUCCCAUUCUCCGUUUGCUCAUGUCCCAUUAGGGUCUCCCCAGGUCAGACCAUCUUCUUCCGGCCCUCCAUUUUCCAACAUCUCCUCAGGCUCCAGCAUUGCUUCUGCAUCCAGCGCAUCACUGGCCCCAGUCCCUGCUGGCUCACCAGCAAACUGUGUUGUCCAGUCCCCUCAGACUCCCAGCCAGGCCCACACUCCUGGACAGACACAGGUGCGCUCUGGGAAUGGCUUCCUGAUGAACCCAGCAUCAGCUGUGGCAGGAUCGGGGCCUGGGCCAGGUACUCUGCCUAGUGCUGACCUGUCCCCAGCUGAGCAGCUCAAGCAGAUGGCAGCCCAGCAGCAGCAAAGAGCCAAGCUCAUGCAGCAGAAGCAGCAACAGCAUCCAAAUCAGUCCUCAAGCUGGUCACCAGUGGGGCCUCCAUCUAGUCCCUAUGGAGGACCCUUCAGUGCAGACAAACCAAAUAGUCCAAUGAUGUAUUCUCAAGCCUUUAACAACCAAAACCCUGUAGUGCCUCCUAUGGCAAACAAUCCCCAGAAGACCACAAUUAAUAACUACCUCCCUCAAAAUCACAUGAACAUGAUCAGUCAGCAGCCAAAUAAUUUGGUCACAAACUCCUUGAGCAAACAGCCCAAUAUGCUUUCUUAUGGCAACACCAAACCUCUGACCCAUUUCAAUACUGAGCUGAGUCAGAUGAUGACCCCAGCAAUGGCAAAUCCCGGGAAGAGCACCAUGAUGCCAUACGUCCAGCAGCAGCAGUCCCAGCAGACGCAGAUGCCAGCUCAGGUGGCACACCUUAGCGAGGAGCAGAAACGCAUGCUCAUCAUGAAGCAGAAAGGAAUGAUAAAUCAGCCCAUGGGAUAUGCAACACUCCCUGCCCUUGGUCAGGAGCACCAGGUGGGAUUGUCGCGGCCCACGGGGCCCAUGCAGCCGUCUGUCCCAGCAGGCUCCAGCAGCAUAGUCACAGGCACCAGCUCCGGGGGGCACUUCCUUGGAAGCCAGCCCCAGGCAGCCAUCAUGAAGCAGAUGCUGAUCGAGCAGAGAGCACAGCUCCAGGUGAUGGAGCAGCAGAAACAACAGUUUCUCCGAGAGCAGAGGCAGCAGCAGCAGCAGAUCUUAGCGGAGCAGCAGAUGCAGCAGCAGUCACAUUUGCCUCGGCAGCAUCUGCAUCAACAGCGAAGCCCAUAUCCAGUGCAACAGGUCAAUCAAUUCCAAGGUUCACCACAGGAUAUAGUGGCUGUGAGAAACCAGGUAGCACUCCAGAGCAUGAGAACAUCCCGAAUGAUGGCCCAGAACGCGAGCAUGAUGGCCAUGGGUCCCUCCCAGACCUCAAACACGCUGCUCACCACUGCGGGCCAGUCGGAUAUGGGCAUGACUCCUUACAGCAAUGCCUCUUCCAGCCAGCCAGGAAUGUACAGCAUGAGCACGGGGAUGAGCCAAAUGUUGCAGCACCCAAACCAAAGUGGCAUGAACAUGACACAGAGCACGGGCCAGGGAACAAGGCAGCCUGCCUCUGGGCAAGCAGUGGGAAUGGUUGGCAAUUUUGGUCAGAACAUGCUGGUAAACUCUGCUCUUCCCCAGCAUCAGCAGCAGAUGAAAGGACCUGUGGGCCAGGUCUUGCCAAGGCCACAAGCACCACGACUUCAAAACCUGAUGGGGAUUAUCCCUCAAGGAACACAAAACUGGCAGCAGCGCGGCUUGCAAGGCAUACCUGGAAGGACUAGUGGUGAAAUGGGGCCCUUCAACAACGGCACCACUUAUGCGAUGCCAUCUGGGCAGCCACGGCUGUCCAAGCAGCACUUCCCACAGGGGCUCAAUCAGACAGUUGUGGACACAAGUGGGACAGUGAGAGCCGUGAACCCAGUGCUGGGGAGACAGUUGCUGCAGCCACUACCUGGGCAACAGGCAGGCAGCCAGGCCAGGCCGAUGGUGAUGCCAGGAAUAAGCCAAGGGGUCCCUGCCAUGUCAGGCUUCAAUCAGCCCCCAACGCAGCAAAUGCCAGGUGGUACCUUUGCUCAGAGCAGCCAAGGUCAGGCCUAUGAGAGGAAUCCCACUCAGGACAUAUCUUACAACUACAGUAAUGGAGGAGCAGGGGCGUCAUUCUCCAGUUUAGCAGAGGGCACAGACCUUGUGGACUCCAUUAUUAAAAAUGGACCAGGGGAUGAGUGGAUUCAAGAACUUGAUGAGUUGUUUGGAAACCCCCAGUGAAUGAGAUUGUAUAGUCUGGAGCUUUGGUUAUGUUUUGUUAUGUUUGAACAAGCAAAGAGGGAGACAGAUGUUCGCCCCAUCCCUGGAUUGUUGGGUUUUGUUUGUGUUGGUUUGGUUUGGGGUUAUUUUGUUUUCUUUUGUUUUUAACUGUGCAAACUGAGCUGAUCUGUAGCCAACUUUGGAAGAUUCAGGGGAUGAUGAAAACAUCAGCAUCCCAAAACUGUCACCAAGCAAUCUGUUGUGCGGCAGCACCCACUCUGUGUGUGUGUGUGUGUGUGUGUGUCGGAAUGGAGAAACUGGAAAAGCCAGCUGAUGCGUCUGGCUGGGAAGAUUCGUUCUCCCCCCACUUGAAACAAGGCUUCAUUGCACAGUGAUGAGGGGUGGUCCCAGUAUCUCCCACCUCAUAUGACUGUGCACAUUGCAGCUUCAAGGGAAGCAGAUGGAAAAGCUGGGAGCAAAGCCUACAGAUAUUCAGGGGCGAUUGCACAGGCCCUGGUCAGAAACGGGCUUAACCCCAGGGGCAAGCAGGUCUGGGAGAGCCAUGGCCAGGCUGGCUGUGAGCUGUCCUAAGGGAAUGUGCAACACUCACACGACAAACCUAAACAAUCACAGGGAGGUCACCGUUUUCACUGCAGAGUGAUAAACCCCACUACAAGUGCAGAAGAACAUAAAUUUGGCAGUGUUGUGAGGGCAGAUUGAUUAUGUGACUGCUGCUGGAGACAGCCUAUUGGUGGGUUAACUUAAUGAACUGCUUAGUCCCCUUGGGACUUGAAAUAGUGCUUCCCUAGUCAGAGCACUUGGCAUGGCUCAGCUGCCUGGGGUGUUGAAGGGCUGAGAGGUACCAAGAGACAUUAGCACAGCUCCUCAGCUGGGUCCCUCCCUCUCCUUCCUCCCCAGGGUGUUCUCAGUUCACUCCUCUCCCCUCCUGUUCCUUCAGUGUAAAGCAAGCUGAGCUGGCUGCACUUUUUUUUCAGGCAAUCCACAAAGGGCCAGGCAGGGGAGGAUAAAACAGGCAUGAGAAAACAUACAGUGAUGGUUUGGCACACAGGAAGACUUUCUCCUCCCCUCUUGAAAAGCCUAAGUUUGGCAGGUAGUAUUACCCCAGGGUGUCUGGGCUCUCGAUGUGAUGUUCAGUUUUAAACAGAUGUUUGGUCUAAUCUCUCUGGUUUGCUGGAAUAAAAUUCACUGCAGUAUUUGAAGAACGGGAGUCAGGGAAGGACUACUGUAAAGAGCAUUCAUGAGUGGGUAAAAUAAUUGAUGUUACAAACAUGGGAUCUGCCAAAUAAGGUUUUAGAGAAUAGGGAUGUAUCACUAUCUCCACUGUUUGGACCAGUGCUGAGCAACCCUGUGAUGAACUUGUGAUAGAUCUCAUACAACACUGAGGUCACCAGCCAUUUUGAGUGUAUACAGCAGGGUUCCCAAACUGCAGUUGGAGGCUUUUUUCUGGAACCUAUUACCUCUUUAGUGUUUUCAGCUGAGAGCUGCUUAUCAGGUUAUAUAGUUGUGCAUAUAAAAAAUGUUAACAUGACCCACAGCCCAGAGCUUUAGCACCCUCUGGCCUAGCGCUGGCCUCUGAGAGCCAUGAGUUGUGCUCUGCAGCAGUGUACUAGUGCCAGUCCCAAUUCCCCAGCUCCUGAUCAUCUCCUUUUGUGCUGUUCUCCCUGGGCCCAGCGAUGCUAAGUGCUGAGCCCCUGAAUUCCAUGGCGGCUGAGGGCCUUGGCACUUGGCACUUUCAUGUCCUGCCUUUCCCUGUGGAGCACAGACACACAUUGAAGAGGGAGAGCAAAUGAGACUGGAACCAUCUCAGUGCCCCACUGAGGGUCCCUUUUGAGCAAUUUCCCUUGCUGGGCUUGCCUAGUGGGGGGAAUUACCUGUUCUAAAUGCUGCGAUGCAGCAGGACAAGCUGCAUUUUUAAUGUGCUAAAGGUGAGCCGUCAAUCCAACAUGCCCUGACUGCUACAUUUUUUUAAAUGGCUUUAAUCUCAUCUCUUUUAGCUGACCCCUUUUUAAAAUACAGCACAAGGGCCAAUUCCAGCUCCUGCUGAGGAUGAUGAGCAUGAUUAGCAUGCCUGCUCCUUCAGUAGGAGCCGGGUUGAGUGCUCAUUCAGUGAAACUGAGCACCAGCCAAAGUUUUUGGUUCGUCCUGUGGGUCAGCAUCUCUUGGUCAGAACAGAAGGGAUAGGCAGACACUGGGAGAAGCAGCACCCUGAAGGGACCAGGGUGCUGUGGUUCCAUGUGUUGGUGUGAGCAUGGGGCACACAUGUGUGUGACAGAGCUGUGACAGGGUGGGAGGGCAGCCACCCUGCUGGGCAGGGGAUAGUGCUGGGGACACCACAGCCCCCAUGCCUUGGGUGAGAGCGAUCAGGGCUCACCUCACAGCACGGAGGUGGGAAAGGGGAACUUGGAAACACGCACCACAUAGCAGCCAAUGCAAGCCGGUGUGCAUUGGGGAGAUACAGGCUUUGAUGAAAAAUGGUGGUCAAGACGAGUCUCUGUUGUCUUUGUAAAGCUUCCUCCAAAUACUCCACACUGGGAUCAAGUGCUAGAGAACAGAUUUUAUUAGAUUGGGGUUGUUUGGGGUUUUUUUUCUUUCUUACUAUGGUGCUGAUGUAUAUGUAAUGUUUUAAAAAAGUCAUUUGUAAAUAUGUUUUUACAAUUCUACAGAUAUCACUGGGUCUACUAUCUGUAAAAUAUAUACAUAUAAAUAUAUAUAUAUAAAUAUAUAUAUAUACUGUUUGUUUAAAAUAGAGUAUUUUUAUUUCAUUCCUUGACUGAACCUUACUGCAGUGGUAUUGCACUUCAAAUGACAUCUAAUUACUAAUUUGUACUGUGUCUCUGACAGCAACUUGCUCCAUUUUAUUCAGAUUUUUCUAGUUUUCUGGUUUUACUUUGUACAUUAAGCAUUGCUUAUUUCCUUUUAAGACCUAUACAGAGUCUGAAAACGUAGAAAAAUACCUGAUGUUGCUUUUAAAGAAAAAGAAACAAAACAAGAACAAACAAACAAACAAAAAAACACCACCAAAAAACCAACCAAACAAAUAAAAGAUGGUUA